UUAACGGUCAUGCUGGUCGUGGCCGAAUGUAUUUAAAGAUUUACGAUUAUUGCAUUAGAUAUAGUUUUAAUAUUAUGGCGCCUACAAAACACGACGCAGAUAAGGAAAACGUACAUCGAACAAGAAUACCAUUACCGAAAGAUCCAUUGCCUGCACUGCCGAAACGUCUGUUGGUGGAUAGCAAGGUAAAUCAAAAGCAACCCAUUGCUCCACUAAGAAGUGCAUUGAGGCCUUUGAACACACAGAGUCAACCUAAACCUGGUCCAAGUAAAGUGAUUCCUCAACAUUCAAAGCCGUCGUUUACGAUUGACGCGAAGCAUGUGACACUAAGGCGAAGAGAAGGCAACUCAGACUUUCACUAUACUGUCUUCAGAGACAAGCAUGUGGUAAGAGAUCCAAGUAUCAUUAGUAUUAGCGAUGAUGAGAACGCUGAAAAAGAAAAUCUGCGUUAUUGUAUUGAGAAUAAAAAGAAAAACAAUUUGGGUACCGCGUUGAGUGCAGUUACUCCGCAUUUGGAAGCUAACUUGGAGUCUAAUCGUAUUAGAAAUAUUAAGAGGAGUCUUAAGAGACCACAUAGCAGGGAGCUGCAGGGUUUGUCUCCACCUCCUCCAAAACCUGAUAAAUUCGAUGAGAAUGUGAAACGCCGUUUGCAGUUCAAGGAGCGUUUGGUCGACAGAUUGGAUACGCCUGAUUACUGGAAGAGAUCGUAUAUGCAGUGCUUGAACCGGGACUAUACACUCGAUGUGUUCGAUUAUCUCCUGGCCGUGGAAUGUAAGCCCUUGGACCUACCCCGGACUUCCAGCAUCACGAGAGCCUGUGUCAUCAAUUGGCUUAUUAAAGUUAAUGGUGCCGACGGCAACCCAGCAAUCAUACAAGCAGCAUGUUGGUAUCUGGACUCGAUCCUGGGCACUGGCCACGUUCAGCUCAGUAAACUACAGCUGGUAGCAGCAGCUUGUUAUUGGAUAGCUCAGAAAGUCAAUGGACCGUACGUAUCGGCCGCGAAGCUCGUCAAAUACUCAAAUAACGCUUUCACGGCUGCUCAACUGUUGGCUGCAGAAAAAGCUAUUCUGAUACGAUUGAAGUUUCCCCGCCAACCAGUGGUAGCCCAAGACUACAUUACGUACCUCUCCUGGUGGUGCGACAGCCAGAACGCUGGUGAGAUCGAGGUAGCUGCCACGUUCCUCGCCACUUGUGGUAUCAUGGUGGACCGUCACCUAUGUGAUGAAUACCCAUCGGUCAUCGCUGCGGCUGCUGUCAGAAAUGCACUGCUGCUCUUGGAAAAGGCGGAUAGAAUUCAAAGACUGAAAAUGUGUUCCAUAUACCAGGUAGCAGAGACGAAAGCCGCAGAUUUCCCUCUAACUUGUUCUAUUCUACGUCGAGCGGUACGAACAGUGGCUGCUCCUGUCUUCGAGUAUAAGGCUCCAUUGGAACACUUCAGUAUGGCCCCGGGUCGCAUCGCUCAGAGGGUUAUAAGUGCUGCCAAUGAAUUUGCCGUGCUAGAUGCUAGGAAUACUGAAGGGCGUUAGGUUAAUAUUUUUAAAUAUGUAGAAUAAAUUAUGUCUAGUGUUAGGUGGUUUAAUUGGUGUUAUAGAAUAACGUAUGAAAUAAGAGGUAACAUUGCUUUUUCAAUACCUUAGGCCAAGUUCACCGACAUAAAGUUCAGUUCUCUUAAAACAACUGUUUACUGAAUUUCCACGUUUAAUUUUUAAAGUAAACGGUUGCUAUAAGAAAAACGGACGUUUAUGUUGACGGAGAACUCGGGUCUUAGUAUUGUAUCAGAUAUUCGUUUUAUAGCGAAUGUGUAAAAAAGAGAUAAAGGCUCUAGAAAAAUAACAAAAAAGAAGUGGAAUAAUAUGAUUUUACAAAUGCUUGGUAUUAAAUAAUAGUCCCGUUAUAGAUUGGAUUUAUUGACAUUUAUAUGUAAGUCGUUGACCGACGAUAGAAUGUGACUGAACUUUACAAACUGACAAUUGAUUUUAAUAUGACAUUACAAAACGACAUUUUUUUUCAAGAUUGACAAGAAUUUUACGACUGAUUAGACUAGAACAAAAAAGGGACUUUAUAUUUAUCAUAGGUCCAAUUUAAAAAUGAUUUUGGUUAAAUGAUGAUAUUAAUGAAAUUUACACAACACACACAACUUACGAUAGUAUAGUCAACCCCAAAAGUAGCUGAAGACCUCGGAAUUUGCAAAACUCGUAAACCUUGUAACAUCUAUGAAUUAUAACUGUUCAAUAAUAGGAACUGGUGUUAUAAAUAUGUUUAUUCAAAAGUAACUGAGCAACAUAUUUCUAAAAGCAACUGAAAAAGAUUAGACUCAAUCCAAGUAUUUAUAAAUCUUAUUUAAUAAUCUUCUUAAUUUAGUAAACUAUUUACAACUCCUUAAAACUAAAAACUAAACUAAAGUAUGCUCAUUUAACAAUUUUCCUUGCCUUUUUCAAGAAUCCAUAUCUUUCCUUUCAUUUGUGGUCCUAUCACAUGUCUGUUGCAACUACAAAAAUAUUGUUGUUCAGAUAGGUUUAUAUGUAAAAAGGUAUACGUUGUUCAGCAGUGUUGAAAUUUUGGGUGUUUUCAGCCGUUUUAGGAGCUGACUAUACGUAAUAGUUAUGGAACAAAUGUUUUUAGUUUGUAAGAAAUGUAAAUAGUUAAGAAAUGAACUGUUAAACUGAAGAAUUAUUAUAACUUAAUUGAAAAACUUAAUUAUUUGAAUUAUAAUGUAAAAUGUGUGAAUGCUCAGUGGUUUACGGUUAAUGUAUGUAAAGACUGCUUUUAAAAUAAAAUAAUCAUCAGUCAA